ACUUGACCCAGACGCAGCGCACCUCCCUUUCCCGGUCGCCCAACCCCCAUAAAACAGAAGUCACCGCCCGCUUCUGUCGCUCUCACACCAACAUGACUACCGCUUCAACUCUCAGACAGGCCUGCUGAAGCAUUAUGGGAAAUGUAGUUAAAAUGGCUCUAGCUUAUUCGAGAAGGCGAGGCUUCACCAAAAUACAACUCCCAUCUCGACCCUCGCACGCCGAGUCCCGUCAUCCAAUCUGAAUAUGUGGGAGGAGCGUAUCCGCCCACAAAAGCCACAGCUAUCUGCUCGUAUCUCCCUCUUAAAAAAACAACAAUUGUCCGUGAAAAAAGGGAACACGCUGAUAAAAUACAAAAACCGGUGACCAUUUGUGUUCGGUGCACGGCGGCCGGCGACGAGGCGUCCCCGCGUCGUGUGGGAGAAAACCAGCGGUGACAGGCAGGAGCAGCGAGGAGGGUGUUGUCCUGAUGCUUAAAUGGAAGUGGGUGGGCCUCUACGGUCACACAGUGCCAACUUCUCUGUGGAUAUCGAUCUGACAGGCAUCAAUUUGCUCGCGUAUGGACUCUCUAUCCGCUAACAGAGACGCACGACUGCGCCGCGAGGAGCUUUGAGGCGCGAGGACGGUCACGCGGGGCUCUCCGUUGUUUCCGUUAUUUGGGACUGCUUGAUUGUGCUCGCGCUUGGCACCGCCCUUCCUGGCCGGUGGGUGGUUUCGUCAAACGAGGAGAUCCGCCACGGCUCAGAGCCGAACAUAUAGGCGUCCUCCGCCUCUUUACCCGGCCGGCCUUCCACCGUGAACUACACCCUCUUCCUCUCGGUAUAUUAAUGCGUUAUGAGUGACUCGAAGAAGGAAUCAUCUGGAACUGAAGGAGGGAAAGCAUCUAAAAGAGGGAAAAGUUCUGCUUCACAGGAUUCCUCUCAGCCCUCGCCCUUGGCUCUGCUGGCGGCCACCUGCAGUAAGAUCGGAGGGCAGGGGGGAACAGAGGGGUCCCAGGCCCAGGCGGGUGCCCCACAGAUCCAGGUUCAGGCGGGUCAAAUCCAGUUGCAGGCCGGUCAGCUCCAGGGUCAGAUAGUGGUGGACGCAGCUGGGGGUCAGGCUCUGAUGCCCCAGCAGCUGGAACUGAUCCCAGCUCAGUUCACGGGGAACGGUUGGCAGAUCAUUACAGCAGCGCCUGCCAUGGCCAAGGAGAACGCCAGUCAGCCCGUCGCGGUAUCGGUGGCCACCACUGUGGCCAACGACAGCUCACCUGUUGGACGGAAGCUAAAAGCAGCAGGUGGGAGCAACAGUGUGACCGCGGGUCAGCCACAGCAGCAGCAAUACCAGAUCAUCCAGGUUCAAAACCUCUCUAAUGCUGCUGGCGGUGUCCAAUAUCAGGUCAUCCCCCACCUGCAAACUGCAGAUGGACAGCAAGUACACAUUAGCCCCCAGCCUGCUUCCAUUGGAGCUCUGCCUGAGCAGGUUCAGCUAAUUCAGAACCCCAACUCUGGCCAGACUCAGGCUAUCCUCCAGCCGGCCAACCAGCAGACUAUCCUCCCAAGCACAACCAAUCAGACCGUCCCUCUGCAGAUCCGUCCAGCACAGUCCUUUCCACUUCAGCUGCAGACUCUACAGGGCUCUCAGCCCCCUGUCAUGACCACAGUACCCAUAAACCUAGGUGGCAUGACCCUGGCUUUACCUGUAAUCAAUAACGUUGGAGCGGGCGGAGCCGUUCAGCUCAUCCAAUCAGCGGAUGGCACAUUUUCUGUUGCUAAUGGCAACCAGCUGGUGACAACAGCUGUUUCUGGAGCUGCUCCAGCUGCAACUGGAUCCACAGCAGCGGCAGCUGAGGGCGACGGCGUGUCAGACGCGGCUCAAGUGGUUUCUACAGGAUCAGCUGACGCUCAGGUACAGAGCAGCGAGGCAGAUUCUCAGAACCAAAACCAAGCCAACGGGCUGCAGAAUCAGACUGACGCCGUCGGAACCAUCCAGCAGGUGAUCGUGGGUCAGGUUGGGCAUCAGCUGGUCCAGCAGAUCCAGUUGCAACCCCAAGCCCAGAGUCAGGGUCAGCCACAGAACCAGCAGCAGCCUCAGCAGAUUCAGACCCUUCAGUUGGCGCCAGGACAAACUCUGCAGCCCAUCCAGGCCAUCCAGAACCCAGCCCAGGUUCUCAUUCGCACUCCUACUCUGUCACCUUCUGGGCAAAUCACCUGGCAGACGUUGCAACUUCCUGGAGGAGUGUCGCUGCAGGGCGGUCUCGGGGCGGCUGUGCCGCAGCAGCUGACCCUGGCCCCGGUUGCAGGCGGUGCGACGGUGGGGGGUGGGGGGUUGGUCUCCCUGAGCGGCACUCCCUUGACUUUGAGUGCAGCUCAGAUCAACCCAGGCUCAGGGGUACAAACGGUCAGCAUCGCAGGACUGGGCACUGCUGGGGUUCAGGUGCAGGGGGUUCCUCUCACCAUCACCGGUCUGCAGGGUCAAACACAGGGUCAGGAUGGGGUCAAAGUUCAGUCCUCUCCUGUGACAGUCACUGUCGGCAACAUGGCUUCAGGUUCAUCCAUGAGUCCAGAUCAGCUCGGCUCAGUUCAGAGUUCCUCGGAUCAGGAGGGCCAGCCCAGCAAGCGGCUCAGACGCGUCGCCUGCUCCUGUCCCAACUGCAGGGAUGGAGAGGGGAGAAACAGUGGAGAUCCCACAAAGAAGAAGCAGCACAUCUGCCACAUGGAGGGCUGCGGGAAGGUUUAUGGAAAGACGUCCCACUUGAGGGCACACCUGCGCUGGCACACGGGCGAGCGGCCAUUUGUAUGCAACUGGAUCUUCUGCGGCAAAAGAUUCACCCGGAGUGACGAGCUGCAGAGACACCGGAGAACACACACAGGAGAAAAGCGCUUCGAGUGUCCCGAAUGCUCAAAGCGUUUCAUGCGCAGCGACCAUCUCUCCAAGCACAUCAAGACCCACCAGAACAAGAAGAGUGGCGCAGCCGUGGCAAUCAUCACCACUGAGGACAUGGAGGACGACGCCGCUGAAGGCUUAGGAGACUCCCCUCAGAUCGUCUCUGUGGGAUCCUGCGACCCCACCACACCCACCACCUCCAACCACUUGGAGGAAGAAGAAGAUGAGGAGUUUGAAUAGAUGAUGGACGUCUGUUAUUUUGCCGAACUGGCUUCCAGUUUGCUUUUUGUUUUGUUUCAGAGAUCUUUGCAGGGACUUCUCGUUUUUUUUUUUUUUUUUUGUAGAUUUUACAUAAUUAUCUCGUUUUUGCUCCCUCCUGAACAGAAACUUAAAGAGACGGGAUCACCAUGGACAUAGAAAAUAUAGAGAUCACAGUCUAAAAAAUUAAUAUAUAACAAAUCAAGUGUAUGGAAAAGAUGAGUUUGGCAUUUCCUAAACGAUGGGAAGAAAGAAAUUCAAAGAGAUUAGCACAAGACGGGGACCUGCUGAAUUCCAAACCAACACAGCAGCCUUUUUCUAAAGAAUCGAACUCUAUGCACACAGUUGCUUUCCUGUUUCUACCUGUCAAACAGUGCUGAGGGUCAAUCAUGGUACAGGACGGUUGCAGAUCAGCUACAGAGCAGUGACAGCUUUGGGAAACUGUGUGUGAGUGUGUGUGAAUGUUUUUACAAAGGAUGUACCUACCAGAAGUUGAAUCUACAGUUCAGGUGAAGUCUUCGGGUUCAAGUAACAUGUUUAUUUUCUUUGACUAAUCAACAAAAAUAACCGUUGCUACAGAAAACGGUUGGGGAAUAAUUUACAGAGACGAAAAAAAAGCACAUUUAAAAAGAUUUAUGAUGCAUUCCUAUUGAGGCGCGAUGGCCAUUAGAAAGAAACAUUUCUAUAGAGGAAAAAAGAAAAAAACAAUCUAGCUUUCUACAACUUUGGUUGUGUAGUAAAAGCAAUACUACAAUGACAAUCCAACUGAAACCUUGUUUACAUUGUCAGAGGAAGUUUUGUUCAGUGGUCUGACCAGAUGCUGCCGUCUGAUCAGACCUGGUUGCUGAGAGGCUUCACAUCUGCAGCAGUCCCGUGAGUCGGCGUGGUUUGAGCGCCACUAAGGGUUUGUCAGAUGGUAGCAUUGUCGCUGUUGGUACAUGUUGGCUCCUGUGCUCCGGUGAAGACCCCACCCCCACCCCACCCCGUCCCUCUUUAACCCCGUCACAUGACCCAUGUACCACAAUUGCCUUAACACAAGCUGUUGUACAGAGGGCACUUCAGAGGGAGCUGGGUAAAGAACGCGGAGAGCACAGGCAGGCCGGGCUGAAGAGAAGCAGGAAGAGCCGGGUUGGGUUGAACCAUUUAGAUUUUUUGGGGGGUGUAACAAGGGGUUAUCUGCUGGUGUUGCUCUGUUAGUUCAACUCUCACCUUCUUUUUAAGAAACAAAACACCAUUUUAUAGAAUUUAUUAGCAGUCUUAACACCCAAGUGUGUCAGUACACAAGGCCCGUCUGUUUAUGGCUAAUUUAUUAUUUUUAUUUUGUCAAAUGUGUCUUUUGCUGAAGUUGUAUUUGUGUGUGUUGUUUCUAAGGUUGCAUGUUUCAGUUUUUUGCACUAGUGCUGCUUCUCUUCUUUACUAUUUGUGCUUAAGUUUUGAUUUUUUUUUUUUUUUAUAUAUACAUCUCACCACUGGGCUUUGCUUAUUCUUUUUCUCUGUGCACCAUUUGUUUUUGGAGAAAAAUAAAUAAUGAAACAAAAAGAAACAAAAAAAAACCCUUAUGUUGCUUCAAGUUGAGAUACCAAACAAAAUUUAGAUGUUUUUGGUAAUCUUUUGUGUGACGGCGGAUGUUUCUCCUUUUAGUUCGGGUACUUUGUAGUGACAUCUCAUUUGUAAAUCUUUUUCUAAAGAUGUUUCUUCGUCUCCAUGAUGUUUGAUAAAUGGGUUUUUUGGCAGGUUAGCCUCAAAGGCUCCAAUUGAUCAAUAUUUUUAAAACUGGUUUGUACAAAUGUGUUGUCAGUAAAAAAAAAAAAGAUAUCUUCAUGCAGAAAAUAUGCUUUGCCUGCAUAAACCUUGACAAUAAAGUGAGUCUUACAUUUC